AUGCCGCGACAGCAAGACGGUCCACCAGAAGGCGAAGAUUUUCUUCAAAAGGCGCAAAGGAAGAUUGUCGAAGAGCCUGCUGUCACGGCAGGGGCCCUGGCGACGGUAGCUGCGCUGUGGAUGGCCACUCGCCAAUUUCGACGAGGGAAUCGAGCUGGGAUGAACCAGUGGUUACGAUUCCGUGUUGCCGCUCAAGGAUUCACGCUCCUUGCAAUCUGUUCGUACAGUUUCUCGGUACAUAAACGCCGUCAGGCUGCUGCUGCCGUUGGCGAGGAACCCCCACGACAUAUCCAGUCAGCUGCGAUGAAGCAGAAGAAUGACGAAAAGGAAGAGUUCGAGAGGAGAUUGGAACAUGCUGUCAAGACUACAAAGGCGGAAGAGGAAAGCUUGGGAGCAAUCGACGACAAGGGCAAGGUGGAUUGGAAGGAGGCUUGGAAGGCGGGCAUCUUGAGGAAGAAUGCGGAGAAUGAUGAGAAGAGGAUGAAGCCUUCAGAAAGAGCGUGA